UAUACGUGAAAAAGUUGCUUUUAAUCGAAAGUGGAACCACUUUAGUCUAAUCAGUUUUUAAAGUUGAAAGAAUCAAAACCAAAACAACAAAACCCAUGUUCCACUGUCUCUCUCUAUAUCUCUCUCUGCCCAAAUUUACACUUCAUGGGCAAGUCGGCAAGACUUCGCCGGAGCCAGACCUCAUCGCCGGAGAAUGUCUUGUUGGGUAAAGAUAGCUCCGAUGAUCCUUACAGAUCCGACUCAGAGACUGAAUCAAACUCGAGCUCCGGGACCGAGUCGAACAUGAGCUCUGACUCUACAACUUCGGCAGGAGUGUCGGCGAUGAUACGAGUCUUGUCUGAUUCUCUGCUUCGAACGGAACUCGCGGAGAUGGAGAUGAUCAAGGCUCGUGAAGCAGCGAGGUUGGAAGCUGAGAAGAGAAGGUUGGAAAUGGAAGUCGACUUGACUCAGAUGGUGCUUCAGACUCAUUUGCAAGCGAUGUCGUCGUUACCCGUCGGAGAACAUAAGAUUUAUCAGGCACAGAGGAAGAGGAAGAGAUCAGACGUUGAAGAACUCGAGUCCUCUACAAGGGAAAAGAGUAUAGCUUUGUUGGGAUUACUCCAACUUAACCUGAUUUUUUGGAACUCAUUGACCUGAAAAAUACAAAAGCCAAAGUCAGAAGGCCCAACUGUAUCAUGUUAUUUACUCUUUCAGUCUUUUGUUCAACCUCUAAUGAAUAAUUCUACGAAUACAAGCUGUGUUGUGAUUUGUUGAAUAAAAGAUGUCUACGAAUUUCAGUGAGUAACUUUUAUGAACUUUCCAGUAAGACACUCAAAAGUUAUGGUUCUCCUAAAUCCAUUCACUCAUUCAGUGUAUGAUGCAAAAGUUUGAGAAAAAAAAAGAAUUGGGUCAAUUAUGUAAAU